CUUCACAACUGAAAAUGGGGUUGUUUAAGAUUUCACUAGUUUUUAUUUGUCUCGUUGGCUUAGCCUUGGUUCACACCUCCUGUGCUCAAAACUCACAGCAGGACUACCUCAAUGCUCACAAUACUGCUCGGGCACAAGUUGGUGUUGGGUCUAUGACAUGGAACAACACCGUAGCCUCUUAUGCUCAGAACUAUGCCAACCAGCGGAUCGGGGACUGCAAUCUCGUGCAUUCGAAUGGGCCUUAUGGGGAGAACAUUGCCUGGGGCAGCGGUUCAUUGACAGGCACUGAUGCGGUGAACCUGUGGGUGGGGGAGAAGCCUAAUUAUGACUACAACUCCAACUCAUGCGUUGGUGGGAAAUGCGGGCACUAUACUCAAGUUGUUUGGCGCAACUCAGUGCGCCUUGGGUGCGCUAGGGUUCAAUGCAACAAUGGAGGGUGGUUCGUCACAUGCAACUACGAUCCACCGGGCAACUAUGUCGGACAGCGUCCUUAUUGAAGAUUAUCGAACUACCUCUAAGCAAGUAUUAUCCUAUCAUCGUAGUAAUCUGUAAUAAGCUGAUCACAAGUAUUGGUCAGUACAAACAAAACUCAUGCAUGGAGUGAAAAAUCUCCUUAUUUGCAUGAAUAUAUUAUGCAACUUAUCCAGAUUGUUGAAGCA